GCCAAAUCCCCCUGAGAAAGAGGAAGCCAAGAAAGAACCUGCAAAGGAAAAGGCUGAGCUUGAACCUGCAAAAGAAAAAGUGAAGCCAGAAGCUUCUAAGGAGAAGGUUACGCCAGAACUUGUAAAGGAGAAAGCUAAACCAGAACCUGCAAAGGAGAUGAUUAAACCUGUAGAGGAAAAAGACAAGCCAGAACCAACGAAGGAGAAAGAAAAGCCAGAGACUAAAGCUUUAAAGGAGAAACUAACACCAGAGCCUGUAAAGAAGGAAAAAGUUCAAAAAGAACCUGCUAAAGAGAAGAGUAAGCCAGAGACUGUAAAGGAGAAAUCUAAGCCUGAAGCUGACAAGGAGAAGGCCAAGCUUGAACCUUCGAAGGAAAAGGUGAAGGCAGAACCUUUGAAGGAGAAGGCUAAGCCCAAAUCUGUCAAGGAAAAGGCUAAACCAGCACCUCCUAAAGAACAAGCUAAACCAGAACCUGCACCUGUAAAGAAAAAGCCUACACCUGAAGCUGCCCCUGUAAAAGAAGGUUAAGCCAGAACCUGUGAA